AUGGGCGCGGAUGGAGACCCGCCGAACGGACCUCACCUCCUCUCGCUGGCGGACGUCGGGGCCUUGGGCUUCGACUGCGCUCUGAAGCCGGUGACCGCGCCUAUGACAGGCGGCGCUCCAGCGGAUCUCAACACGCCCGUGUCCACGUCCGAACUCCCCGCUUUCUUCCCGAGCCUGCUCGAGCCUCCUCCGAUAUCAGGUACUUUACCAGGCGAUGAGUUACUGGGGUGCUCCCCUCGUCGUCACAAGCAUGAAGCGUCUUUGUCACCGGGAGCUAGGGCCGAGGAUGCUAGCAAUGCCUCUAGUGCUAGCGCCUCUUUAUACGGACCACCGAUGGGUGGCAAAAGAGCUCCCUCACCACCACUACAAUGGCUGCUGCCGUCUGGACCCGGUCCGGGCAGCGUAGAUAAAUACUUCCAACAAGAGUACGAGGAACGCGUCGAGCUUCUACCGCCCGAGUGUCAACCCUCAUACUGCACAGCGCCGCAGCAAUGUCAGCCGCAACACUGCGAAUAUAGACCACAACCUCCACCACAACCACAACACUCCUGGGAGACGCAGGAGUACGCGAGCGUGCCGCAACCAACACCGGGUCCCUCCGGAGUACCCAAGAGAGAACCGUAUCCUAACACAACAGGAGACAGACCCGUGCAACUAGCAGAAUACAACCCGUCCACGAGCAAAGGUCACGAGAUAUUAUCUCAAGUGUACCAGCAGAGCGCUCAACCGCUGCGUCUAGUCGCUGUCAAACCUCGCAAGUAUCCCAAUCGUCCGAGUAAAACACCAGUACACGAAAGGCCCUACGCCUGUCCAGUGGACGAGUGUGAUCGCAGGUUUUCGAGAUCAGACGAGCUGACAAGGCACAUACGCAUCCACACGGGACAGAAACCGUUCCAGUGUCGUAUCUGUAUGAGAUCGUUCAGUCGAUCGGAUCAUUUGACGACACACGUCAGAACUCACACAGGGGAGAAGCCGUUCGCGUGCGACGUGUGCGGUCGUAAGUUCGCGAGGUCUGAUGAGAAGAAGCGUCACGCGAAGGUUCAUCUUAAGCAACGUCUCAAACGUGAGCGCGGUAGUGGCCCCGCUCACCCACACGCGCCACUCUAG